AUGUCUGACCUCAAGGCCACGGUGUCUGAGACCAAGAAUGGAUUCCAUGUUGAAGGUUACGAGAAGAUCGAGUAUGACUUCACGUUCAUCGAUGGAGUCUUCGACAUCAAGAAUAGCAAUCUCGCUGAUUGUUAUUCGCGCUGGGGCCGUGUCCUCGCUGUUACAGAUCUCAACAUCUAUAACGUGUAUGGCAAACAAAUGCAACGAUAUUUCGACCACUAUGGCCUAGAGCUGAAAAUACACAAGACCAAAAUCGGUGAAAAAGCGAAAACGAUACCCACGUUUCUGAGCAUUGUUGAUUCUAUGACUGAAUUUGGGAUCUACCGGAAGGAACCAGUACUUGUUGUCGGAGGUGGGCUGGUCACAGAUACCGCUGGUUUUGCAUGCGCUGCCUACCGACGCAACACUAAUUUCAUUCGAGUCCCCACCACUGUGAUUGGCUUGAUUGAUGCAUCUGUCUCUAUCAAAGUUGCUGUCAACUAUGGCAACUACAAGAAUCGUCUAGGAGCCUACCAUGCACCCAUUCAUACCUUCCUUGAUUUCACCUUCCUGCGCACUCUACCGAAAGCCCAGAUCAGAAAUGGAUUCGCAGAGCUCAUCAAGAUAUCUUCUUGUGCUCAUCUAGACACCUUCAACUUGUUGGAUAAGUACUGUGAACAGCUCAUUGAGACCGGCUUUGGCCGCACAGACAAUGCUCCCGCAGAAGUCAGAAAGGCGGCCGAUACUAUCAACCGAGAGGGCAUCCACGAGAUGCUCAAGCUCGAGACUCCCAAUCUGCAUGAAAUCGGGUUGGAUCGGGUCAUUGCUUAUGGGCACACAUGGUCGCCUCUCCACGAACUUGUUCCUGAGACACCGCUUCGCCACGGUCACGCCAUCUCAAUCGAUAUGGCUUAUUCUGCUACACUAGCUAACAGUCGAGGACUCCUGAGUGAUGUCGAGCACAUGCGUCUGCUCAAUCUCUUCUCUCGAGCAGGCCUAUCGAUGGACCACCAUCAAUUUGACGAAGAGAUACUGGACAAGGGCACAGCAGCAAUCCUGAAGACCCGGGAUGGAAAACUUCGAGCAGCCGUCCCGAGGCCUUUGGGAAGCUGCAUCUUCAUCAAUGACCUUGAACCAAAGGAAAUGCAUAGCGUCCUCCGCAGGCACAAAGAGAUCAUGAAGCAAUUCCCGCGAAAUGGGGAAGGGCUGGAAGCCUACGUUGAUGCGAGCGAUACUGGGUAUACCGAGAACCACUAUGACGAAUCGAAGGCCAUCGAGGAGGCUGCAGUUACCGCGGGCAACCUCAACGGUUUUAUGAACGGUACGAAUGGCGUCUCAAAAGGCGUGAAUGGCCACACAAAUGGGCAUAAGGACGGGCCUGAAGCUCACACGAACGGAGAAUUAGAUGGCGUCUCAAAGAUAGCGCAGCAGGCCGGUUUUGAUGGGGCCGAGCACGGUUUGAUGAACGGUGCCGAUGGUUUCACAAACGGUGCAAAAGCAUGA